UAGUUUUGGUUUGUGCACUUUAAGUAUAGUAAAAUUGAUGAUACACUCAUUUUGUUGCCACAUCAUUUAAAUAAUAGCAUUGGAUAUGUAAGAAUCUUCCACACACGGUAAAUUCAAUUCAAGGUCCAGCUCAGCCUCAAAAUCGUUAUCACUAAUCAUAGAAUGCUUUGAUUACAGAUAUGCAUAAGGUUACUAAUUAUCUUCGCAAAGUAACAGCGAAAAUAUGUGUAGCAAUGACACUACUUCCAACAUGGUUUGGCCCUGUCAUAUCUGCUGCACUAUUGGUGUACAUAGCGUUUUUCACCAAAAUUUGGCCGUUACUCACAAUAUAUUUGAUAUGGAUUUAUACCGUCGAUAAAAACACAUGCGACGAGGGAGGAAGAAGUAACACAUGGUUGAGAAAGUUUUACUGCUUCCCACGGGGUCUUAAUUAUUUCCCUAUGGAAUUUAUAAAUGUCGCAAAAACUCCGUUGCAUCCGGCAAUGAACUAUCUAUUUUGUUGCUUUCCUCAUGGAAUAAUGCCGUUAGGGGUUGCAGGUGCAUUUCUAACCAAUUACGGAGGUUUUGAUGAAUGUUUUCCGAAUCACAUACGAAUCGUUACGACCUUAAGACACUUGUUCUUAAUUCCAUUUUAUAGAGAGUACCUUUUGAGCAGUGGUCAAUGUAGCGCUUCAGAAAGUUCUCUAAGCUACAUCCUGGGCCACCCAGAGGGAGGCAAAAUAGUGGCACUGGCGGUGGGAGGCGCAGAAGAAGCCUUUUAUGCUAAAUCCGGCAACUAUUAUGUUGUACUAAGGAAUCGUAAAGGUUUCGUGAAGGUGGCACUAAAAAAUGGAUCACCUUUGGUUCCAGUAAUUUCGUUCGGUUUAAUUGACGUUUACGACCAAAUAUCAAAUUCACAUUUUAGACGAUUUCAGAAUUGGCUGAAGUCAAUAACUGGAGUAGCGCUUGUAUUUCCCAUAGGCUGUGGUUUUUUUCAAGAUUGGUUUGGGAUACUACCAAAAUCUAAACCUAUAACCACACUUGUCGGGGAUCCUAUAGAAGUCGCGAGAAUUGAAAAUCCAACACAAGAACAGAUUGAACACCUACAUUCCCGUUUUGUGAAGGAACUUGUAAAAUUAUUUAAUGACCAUAAAUGGUCAUAUAUACCAAAUGCUAACAAUGUCCAGUUAAUUAUUGUGUAAGGAAAAACCUUAACAGACACUUUAUUUAGUGGUUGUUAUUACAAGAGUUGAAAAAUAAUGCGCUCCAAGCUACAGCAACAAAUUGGAGUUAUAAGUAUAACUUAAUAAGUAGACUGUCACACACGCUGCCAUUGAAUAAUUAUUACU